AUGUCAACGACCUUCCAAAUCAUCCACCAAGGGCGCGUCCAUGUUUGCAAUAGGCGGGAUUUGCACUUCAACACGGUUAUAGCGAAGGCCUACAGAGGGCUUGAAGGCGUAGCGAUAGGUGAGCCAGGACAGGGCUCGAGUCGUUGGGAACCGAAGCUUGAAAUCCAUUUCGCCCAUGCAUUUUCGAUCCAUCAUCUAAUAAGGAGCGUUGUUCUAGACUCUACACUCCAUGCUUUGCGAACACGCUUGGGUCGUGGCUGGCUCCUACGUGACGACGUGGUCAAGCCAUUUGGCGACAAACGCCAAAGCUUGAGAUCCGUCUGCACAUUCGACCUCGACCGAGGCCUAUUUCUGUACGAGGAAGGUAUCUCGUAUCCGUAUUCUGACGGCCGGAAAAGCUCUCACCUUCAAUUACCCCUCUCUCGUCUCAGGGAUCCAGCCCUUGCCCUUUUGCAUAGAUCUGAAUUAACGACUUUCAAACCAGAUGCACCGCCAACCCAGGACCUCUCACCCUUCUCCCCACCCUACCACAGACCACAGGCUCAAAUUCACACGCGGCGACUUAUCCUCACUACUAGAAUAUUCCGGGACUUCUCGCGCCAGUGGCGGCAUGUUCUUCGAGCCUCAUACGCAGAUACUACGUUCCGGAAGUUUGCAAAGGCUAUAAUCAGUAUCGCAACAUGCAGUUUUCGGGUUGAUAAAAUAUCAUCGCGAAGGUCUGCCCGUACGCGAGGUCCCUCUGUAUCUGUCCUUGAUUUGCCAACAUGGGAACCGUACGGCGAUCAUAUUUUUGUCAUUGGACGUACAGUCGUCAUCCUGAAUCAAGAACUAUCGAUUGCCUUGAGCACGGCGAAAGCGAAGGCAAAGGAAGCCUGUGCAACCGCGAAGCCGGCUUCCCAAGAUGCCUGCAACAGUAAUGGCACCUAUCUACUAUUUUCGCUAAGAUACAUUGUACUUUGCCAUGCCGACUCCGCCGGAAAUCUCAUCAAUACCCGUCCAUUGCCCUUCAUGGACGGACUCACGCCACCCACAGAGUCCUCUAUAGCCGUCAUUCUCCAAGCGCUCUUGCCUUCUCAUCCGUGUCCUCAUACGCCCACCCAUCGUCUCCCUGUGGAACUCCAAGAUCAGAUCCUGCAGCACAUUUCCAAAGACUCUUUUGAAGCUGCCAGGCUGGGUUGCGUUUUAGAUUUGGGCUCUGCGUACAGAUGGACGAGGGCCAAUGACUGGCCGAGGCGAGGUGGCCCUGUGGAACUCUCUACGUCGCAUUCGCAUCGCACUGGUACUACGCCUGUGGAAUCGAGGAUCUGUUUCAAAAACGCGUACAGUGGAAUUUCGCCUGUAAAGAACUGCACCCCUGAGUUGUUGAUGUCCGUAGUCCUACUUAUCAGGAGUAUGUGGGUCUCGACUCGGGUGUUGGUUGUCUUGCCAACUCAGCCGAUAACAAUCACGACUUCCAGGAAAACAACUCCUGGAACCAGCACACUUCACAACCACGAUACCGUACCACCACCAAUAUCUUCGAACCCCAUAAAAAUGGACCCUCAACAUAAGCAAGCAAGCCAUUUCGAAGUAUAUCUUCGUCUGCGACCUCCGCCAGCAGGACAGCCGCCCGCCGAACGAUUCCUGACGGUCGAAGAACCGAGCGAAGAUGCGGCCCCGACACACAUCACAUUGAACCCUCCGAACGACAAUCGCAGACGUGCGAUCGAGAAGUUUGAAUUCACGGAAGUCUUCGAAGAGGAUUCGAGCCAGCUGGAUCUGUUCCAGGGCACUGGCGUGUUGCCGCUCGUCGAAGGCGUACUAGGACCACAAGGCGGAGAGGGCAGAGACGCGCUGCUUGCGACGCUGGGAGUUACGGGCAGUGGAAAGAGUCACACAAUACUAGGAUCCCGAUCGCAGCGCGGACUCACUCAGCUCGCGCUCGACCUCCUCUUCCGCUCCAUCUCUCACAACAUCCUCGACCCGGCAACAACAACCUCCCUCCACGCCACAGUCGCCGCCUCCGACCCCUCCGAAGCCCAAGUCAUGUCCGCCCAGAUGUUCCUCGACACCAUAUAUGGCGACCCAUCCGGAGCAUCGCGCGCCAGCUCCCGAGCCCCAACCCCCAUGGUAGUACUUUUACCUUCCUCCAACGUCUCGCAGCCUCUGCAUUUCACAUCGCGAAACCUGUAUCCGCCCCUGCUAGAAUGCACGGAGAGCCCGAAGAGCAUACGGCUUGUUCUGCCCGUGCAAGAGGAACAUGUCCAGACCAAGCGGACAGGCCACCAGUCAGAAAGUUCUGACCCGGUGCCCCUCGCAUCUUUCAUUCCAUCUUAUAUGCAUUCUACGCUCACCAAGGCUGUCAAGUACGUUACUAAAUCUCCGUUCAAGGGCGAAUCCUCUCACGUACCUCCUACGCCUCGUCGAACUGUGCUGCAGAGACCAUCUGUGCUGCCGCAGAGUCCGGAUAUCACUGCUUUGACCGUGGACGCUGAUCCGAAUGCGGAGUAUGCCAUAUUGAUAUCAAUGUAUGAGGUCUACAAUGAUCGCAUAUUCGAUCUUCUGACGCCAGCAAUACCUGGGAAGACUGCAAAGGAUUUCAAGCGCCGACCGCUGCUUUUCAAACCCACUGAACAGUCCCCGGAUCGCAAGGUGGUGGCAGGCUUGCGCAAGAUCAUUUGUGGUAGCAUGAAGGAAGCCUUGAUGGUUUUAGAAGCUGGCUUGCAUGAGCGAAGAGUUGCCGGUACUGGAUCCAACAGCGUAUCUAGCCGAAGCCACGGAUUCUUCUGCGUCGAGGUCAAGAAGAGGAGACAAGGCAGAAUUGUGCAUCCAUGGGGAGGCAGUGCCCUGACGAUCGUUGAUCUGGCUGGUAGUGAGAGAGCGAGAGAUGCAAAGACCCAGGGCGCAACUUUGGCUGAGGCUGGAAAGAUCAAUGAGAGUCUCAUGUAUUUGGGACAAUGUCUGCAGAUGCAAUCUGAACUUGCUUCUUCGGCAAAACCAAAUCUGGUCCCCUUCCGCCAAUGCAAGCUCACCGAACUUCUCUUUUCUAACUCCUUCCCAUCGACAUCUCACCAAACCAUCUCGUCCACAACUUCUCAUCACCACCAUCAACAACAUGCCCCACGCAACCCGCAAAAGGCAGUCAUGAUUGUCACCGCCGACCCCCUAGGUGAUUUCAACGCCACAUCUCAGAUUCUCCGCUACUCCGCUCUCGCUCGCGAAAUCACAGUCCCUCGCAUCCCCAGCGUGACGUCUACCAUCCUCGCUCAAUCUAACGCCGUUGGCUCCCACUACUUUUCUCAUCGCCACCCAGGUUCCUCGCCGUUGAAUGACACCGAGCGUGCGACGAUGGAGAUUGCCGCGUUGGAGAUUGCUCGUAUGUCUGAGGAGAUUGAUGGCUUGAGAGCCGAGUUGCGAGAUAGUCAGCAGGAGAGCUUAGAGACGGAAGCUCAUCUGGAGAGUAUGCAAGAUCGCAUGAACGAGCUCGAGCAGGAAAUCCGCGAGGAGUGCUAUGCGGAGAUGGAGGUCCGUCUUGCCAGCGAAAUGGCGAGGUGGAAAGCCGUCUGGGCCGCUGAAAAAGACAACAAUGACGAGCAUCUCGACAAGAAACUCGAAAUCUAUACUCGGAGCAUCGAUUCCGCGGACGAGGCCCAGACUCACGGCAGCGAGGAUAAAGAGAACGCCCACCGAGGCCCGAUGAAGGAAGUCGUCGGGGAUCUCGAGAGCGAGAACGCGCGGUUGAGGAGGGAGGUCGAGAUGUUGCGGCGGGAAGUCAGCAUGCGGAGUCCGAGCAAGAGGAUGCCGUUGCGCGAGAGCCGACUGCGGGACCGGACGCCGGAGUUCGCGAUGGAGGAGGCCUUUGAGAAGAUGAGUGUCCACGAGGAUGAGCCGGCGAUAGAACAGCAGCAGAGCCGGAGUCCGGUGAAGAAGGUCAAGAAAUUGACGGCGAGAAGGUGGGAGCUGAAAAAUGGAAACCUAGCAUUGGACUGGAAUAGAUCUGGGUCUUUGGCCGAGAUAGAAGGUAGUAGUCGUUUACUCUCCUACUCUGGACCGAUCCGUUGGGAAAGAGCAGCAGUACAGCAGCUACGGCGGGCAAAGAAAGGCAGGCAUUCAGGGGCCAGCUACUUGAGCGAGAUCGAUCGGUCCUUACCUUACCAGCAUAUGACCGGGGAACCUUUUAUGCGCCCUCGUGGUUACAUUCUCGUCGCUCAGGGUAGCAGUACUUUUCCUCUCGAAUCGUUUUACCGCUGA